AUCUCCCUCAUUCCAGUUGGCUUUGGCUUUUGGCUUCAGUUUUCAGUCAGAUCCUGAACUCUCCAAAGUUGCCGCGUGUUUUGUCUUAAAUAAAAUUAUCUAAAUUAAUUAAUAAUCGUAUUUAAGUUAAUAAAUUAAUCAAAAUGUCUAUUCAGCCGCAUAGUAAAAAACGUGUUUGCUAUUAUUAUGACAGUGACAUUGGAAAUUAUUAUUACGGGCAAGGUCACCCGAUGAAGCCGCACAGAAUACGCAUGACCCACAACUUGCUGUUGAACUACGGGCUCUACAGGAAAAUGGAGAUCUACCGGCCGCACAAAGCGACAGCCGACGAGAUGACCAAAUUCCACAGCGACGAGUACAUUCGAUUUCUACGGUCGAUUCGCCCCGACAAUAUGUCUGAGUACAACAAACAGAUGCAGAGGUUCAAUGUGGGGGAAGAUUGUCCAGUCUUCGAUGGUCUCUACGAGUUCUGCCAGUUGUCCGCCGGUGGGUCAGUGGCCGCGGCCGUCAAGUUGAACAAAAUGGCUUCAGAAAUUUGUAUCAACUGGGGCGGAGGUCUCCAUCACGCCAAGAAGAGCGAAGCUUCCGGGUUCUGUUACGUCAACGACAUUGUCUUGGGUAUCCUGGAGCUUCUUAAGUACCACCAGCGUGUUCUGUACAUUGAUAUCGAUGUCCAUCACGGGGAUGGAGUAGAAGAAGCUUUCUACACAACUGACCGAGUGAUGACGGUGUCUUUCCACAAGUACGGCGAGUACUUCCCCGGCACUGGUGACCUGAGAGACAUCGGAGCGGGUAAAGGGAAAUAUUACGCCGUCAAUAUUCCCCUUCGCGACGGCAUGGAUGACGACAGCUACGAGUCCAUCUUCGUUCCAAUAAUUUCAAAAGUAAUGGAAACCUUCCAACCUUCUGCGGUGGUCCUGCAAUGCGGAGCCGACUCUUUAACCGGCGACCGGCUUGGAUGCUUCAACCUCACAGUCCGCGGUCAUGGUAAAUGCGUUGAAUUUGUAAAGAAAUACAACCUCCCAUUCUUGAUGGUCGGCGGGGGCGGAUACACCAUCAGAAAUGUGUCAAGAUGUUGGACAUACGAGACUUCGGUUGCUCUCGGAUGCGAAAUCGCAAAUGAACUUCCUUACAACGACUACUUUGAAUAUUUUGGACCCGAUUUUAAACUCCACAUCAGUCCGUCCAAUAUGGGCAACCAAAAUACAAUUGAGUACUUGGAGAAAAUAAAGACUCGUUUGUUUGAAAAUCUUCGGAUGCUUCCGCAUGCUCCUGGUGUCCAAGUCCAGGCGAUUCCCGAAGACGGCGCCAACAUUGAAGACUCCGAAGCUGAAGAGAAGGUUAAUCCUGAUGAAAGACUGCCUCAGCGGGACAUCGACAAGAGGAUCCAGCAUGAUAACGAGUACAGUGAUAGUGAAGACGAAGGAGAGGGCGGGCGCAGAGACAACAGAUCUUUCAAGGGUGCGAGGAAGAGGCCAAGGCUCGAAAAAGGACAGGAGCCCAUGGAGACUGAUAUCAAAAAAGAGGAUGAUAUUAAGAAUGAAGCUAAAGAUGAAAAGGAUGAAAAAAACAACAUAUUGAACGAGGAGACGAAGAAGGAGUCAACUAAUCCUUGAUAGUAAAGCAGCUCCAAGGCUGGAUAAAUUCAUAAAAUUUAAUUUAUUAAUUAAUUAAUUAAUAAAAAUAAUACUAUAAAUUAUUA